AUGGCGCGGAAGCGAUUGCUGCUGCUGUUAAAGCCAUUCGACGUGUACCCAUCUCAUGAAUCCAUCGCCCUAUCCUCCAACCACAAUAAGAUGUUGAAGGUAUUGAGUUAUCUAGAUGACCGGAGGUUGGUUCACAAAAAUGCAAUAAGCUUCUGUCAGAAUAUUUUGAAGAAAAAGGCUGUUGAGUGGAAAGCUGUUUUUCGGAAUGAUCUAUCUCAGUCAAUCCGUGGUGUUGAUCUGGUCAUUUCAAUUGGAGGUGAUGGUACAUUAUUACAGGCAAGCCAUUUCAUGGAUGAUUCGAUUCCAGUUCUAGGAGUGAAUUCUGAUCCCACCCAACAGGAAGAGGUGGAAGAAUUCAGUGAAGAAUUUGAUGCUACAAGGAGCACUGGGUAUCUUUGUGCAGGAACAACCUACAACUUUGAACGACUACUGAAUGACAUCCUCGAGAAUCACAGUGAGCCUUCUGAAGUGUCUAGGAUGGCUAUUAGUGUCAACUCAAAGCUGAUUUCAACUUUUGCUCUAAAUGACAUUCUAGUCACGCAUCCAUGUCCUGCAAAUGUUUCUCGAUUAUCGUUCAGGAUCUGGAAAAAUGGAACAUCUUCUUCUUUACUGAACUGUAGAUCAAGUGGGCUUAGGGUCUCGACUGCUGCCGGAUCAACAGCUGCAAUGCUUUCAGCUGGUGGAUUUACAAUGCCCAUUUUGUCCAAGGAACUACAAUACAUGGUAAGGGAUCCCAUUUCUCCAGGGGCUAGCGCUCAUUCGAUGCACGGGCUCGUGGAGCCCGAAGAGAUAAUGGAUAUUACCUGGUUUUGUAGAGAGGGAAACAUAUAUAUUGAUGGCUCCCACGUUGUUCAUUCUAUUCAACGUGGAGAUGCAAUUGGACUCUCUUCCGGGGCUCCAACAUUAAAAGUGUAUUUGCCUAGACACUUGCUAUCACAAUGUGUAUAA